UGUUCGCCGGUACGCUGCGGAUUAGUGCAGUGGGGAUGAUUCCUUCAAAGCACUGGGUGUUAAAAUACCUGUAGGUCAUAGACAGUGAGACAACUCGUCUAUAAUCCCAUUCAGGAGUGACGGAUAUCGACAUUUCGCUAUUUUGCGGCUUAUCAAUAUCAAGUAGCUGAACCUGGCGAUGCAGUUUGUCCCCUGUUCGAUUCAGUACCAAUAGCAAUAGCGAUGACGUCAGAUAGGACAUGCAAUGAUGUUAGUAGUGACGAUCGGCAGUAGCGCACUUGAUUCUCGUCAGUUUCAAAGAAGUGGGAGAGAGAGUAAAACGCGAGGAAAGAAGCGCUUAUCUUCAAGAUUUCAUUUACAUAUUUCACUUCGCUCUUUAAACAAAGCCGAUGUGCCAUUGUGUCAAAAUGCAUCACUUUUCUGAAUCUUUGGAUGGUAAAACUGUACUUAUUACUGGAGCAAAUACAGGACUUGGAAAAGAAACAGCUUUAGACUGUACAAAAAGAAAUGCCAGGGUGAUUAUGGCUUGCAGAAAUCUAGAAAAGGCUGAUGAAGCCGCAAAAGAAAUACGUGAUGCUACAAAAGAUUCUGGUAAAAAUGAGGUUGUCGUACGUGAAUUAGAUCUGUCUUCAUUCAAGUCUAUUCGUAAAUUUUGUGCAAGGAUAAAUGAGGAGGAACCACGUUUAGAUAUUUUAGUCAAUAAUGCCGGAGUUUUUCGUUGUCCUUCAUCAUGUACAGAAGAUGGAUUUGAAAUGCAUUUUGGAGUAAACCACUUGGGACAUUUUCUAUUAACAACAUUGCUUCUGGAUUUGCUAAAAAAGUCUGCUCCAUCAAGAAUUGUAGUUCUGUCCAGUUUUAUGUACAAAGACGCUCGGAUAAACUUUGAUGAUAUUAACUGCAAGAUAAAUUAUAGUCGCACUGAAGCUUACAAAUCUAGCAAACUUGCAAAUGUCUGGUUUUGUCGUGAAUUAUCCAAGAGAUUAGAAGGCAGUGGGGUUAAUGUUUAUUGUGUUAAUCCAGGAAUUGUUCUUACAGACAUCAUGCGACACUCAGUGCCACAAUUUUUAAGAUAUUUUGAUUUCAUUUUCAGAUUAUGUUUUAAAACUCCCGCACAAGGAGUACAGACAACUUUGUAUUGUAUUCUGUCUGAAAAAUUACAAAAUGAAUCCGGAUAUUAUUAUUCAGAUUGCAGGCAAGAAGACCUUAAUAGCAAUGGACUAAAUGAGGAUGGAGCCAAAAGACUAUGGGAAGUUAGUGAAAAGGCUGUUAAAAGUGAAUAAAACAAUGUAAUUCUGAAAGACAAUGUGUGGAGUAGAUAUACACUCCGAGUAAGCCAAAUCAAUAAGUUGACUCAUCAAUAAGUGCAUCACCAUAACCCAUUACAUCUUGAUUAUUAAAUCAUCCUAUAUAUAAUUUAUGUAAGUUAUAUACAGUUGUCCCUUGAUUUUGCAAGUUCCCAUGCAAAUGAAAACUGUUUGAGGAGAGUAUGUUUUUAAUAAUAUUAAUAAAAGAAAACAAAAACACUGACAAGCUGUU